CUUUUCUGCAGCCUUGCGUCUCUUUCUAGAAAAGCUUCCCAAGCUGAUCCCUCGGCGGCCCAGUCAGCCUUCCUGUCUAUCGUCUCCCACGCAUUACGUCGUAUUUCGCCCACACGCCUAGCCCAACCCGGCCCGGCCCCGGGUAGCCAAACCCUCCAAUUCUCGAUAAGGGGACCGCAGCACGAACGGCAACCCGGCCAAUUCAUCCGCCGUUGACCCCAAGACAUGCAAGUUGCGCCGCCGGACCCGUCAUUCUAGCUGAGGUCGCAGCCAUGCCUAUACAGGUCUAUUCUUUCUACAUCUUCGACCGCCAUACCGAGUGCGUAUACUCGAAGCUAUGGGUGCCACGCCCGGCGUCCAAUCUCAUAUCGCCCCCUCCGUCGCGCCCGCAGUCGCAACAGCCAGCUCCCGGGUCUACCCUCUCCCCGGGCUCGGCCCCCGGGCCAGCGCCGAAUCCCGCUGCCGCCGCGAACCCCCCCACCUCGUCCUCUGCCUCGAACCAGCAGCAGCAGCAGCUCUACCAGCAGCAGCUCAAGCAGCAGCUCGCGCGGGGCCGGGCCGAGAAGGACGACGCGAAGCUCAUCUUCGGCACCGUCUUUAGCCUGCGCAACAUGGUGCGCAAGCUCGGCGGCGACGACGACGCCUUCAUCUCCUUCCGCACCGCCCACUACAAGCUCCACUACUACGAGACCCCGACCAACCUGCGCUUCGCCAUGCUGACCGAGCCCGGCGCCCUCAGCAUGCGCAACGUCCUCCACCAGAUCUACAUCAACCUCUGGGUCGAGUACGUGGUCAAGAAUCCGCUCUCGCCCGUCGAGCACAAGGGCGGCGAGGGCGUCCGCAACGAGAUGUUCGAGAUGGGGCUCGACAAGUUCAUACGAGGGCUCAUGUGAGUGACGGGCGAGGGAAGGGAGGCGAUCCGUAGCUACGCAUCGCCCUCGCGCAACAAAGAACUGCGUUCGAGCGAGCGAGCGAGCGAGCGAGGCCCUCGGCAAAAAGCAGGCGCGCGAGCGAGAGAGCCCCUCUUCUCAAGUCGGAGUCUCGUUCCGCGACAGGGACGUCUCCCCUCGGAUCUCAGGUUGGUCCUGGCCCGUAGAGUGUAGCCGCGGUCAUCAGUACUCAUGGACGCGCGCGGGGCCGGGCGGGGCGACGUAGAGGGGGAGGAAGAGAGCGAUUGCAGAGGUUGGGACGACUAAGCGGCCGGGGUCCGCGCCGUGCC